CAGACAGACAGACGGACAGCACAGCCCCGGACACUUCCACAGAAGAAGCUGCUGCCAUGGGGACUCCAGCACUGCCUCCCCUGGCCCUGGUCCUGAUACUCUGCUCGCACACAGUGGUGCUGAGUCGAAACCAGGAGGAGACCCUGCUGAAGGACCUGAUGAAGGGGUACAACAAGAACAUCCGACCUGCCGAGCGCAACGAGGACGUCAUCCAGGUCACCCUGAAAAUGACCCUGACCAACCUCAUCUCACUGAAAGAACGAGAAGAGACUCUCACGACCAACGUGUGGAUUGAAAUGCAAUGGUGUGACUACCGGCUGAAGUGGAACAGCUCUCAGCAUGAGGACAUCGAGCUGCUCCGCGUUCCUUCCAAGAGCAUCUGGCUGCCAGACAUCGUCCUGGAGAACAAUGUGGAUGGUAACUUUGAGAUUGCACUCUAUGCCAAUGCCCUGGUAUACUCCUCUGGCUGCAUCUACUGGCUGCCCCCUGCUAUCUACCGCAGUGCCUGCUCCAUCACCGUCGACUACUUCCCCUUUGACUGGCAGAACUGCUCCAUGGUCUUCCGCUCACGGACAUACAGUGCCAACGAGAUCCACCUGGUUCUCACAGAAGAGGAGAUAAAACCAGGGGAGACACAAACCAUUGAGUGGAUUGAUAUCGACCCUGCUGCCUUUACAGAGAAUGGAGAGUGGGCGAUCAAGCACCGUCCAGCGAAGAAAGUGAUCAGUGAGCGGUUCAGCAAGGAUGAGCUGGAGUACCAGGAGGUGGUGUUCUUCCUGAUCAUCCAGAGGAAGCCUCUCUUCUACAUCAUCAACAUGAUCGUGCCCUGUGUGCUCAUCUCCUCACUCGGACUGCUCGUCUACUACCUGCCUGCCAAGGCGGGCGGACAGAAGUGCACAGUAUCCAUCUCCAUCUUGCUGGCUCAGACUGUCUUCCUUUUCCUCAUUGCGCAGAAGGUUCCAGAAACUUCCCUGGCUGUGCCUCUCAUUGGGAAGUACCUGAUGUUCAUAAUGAGUGUGGCCACCAUCACCGUGAUGAACUGCGUCCUCGUGUUAAACAUCUCUCUGCGGACGCCCAACACACACGGCAUGCCCAGACAGGUCCGGCAGAUCUUCCUGAAUCUGCUGCCUCGUCUCCUGCGCAUGCAGAUGCGUCCGUCCGUGGAGGGGGAGUCCUGCGGGUCCGCCCCCCCGCGGAGGCGCAGCUCGCUGGGACUCAUCACCAAGGCGGACGAGUACGUCCUGAAGACCCCCCGCACGGAGCUCAUGUUCAAGAAUCAGAAAGAGAGGGAAGGGCUGAUGAAGGCUGUGCUGCAGAAGAUCACUCAAGAGUUGGAGGUGGGCACUGCGCUGGACCUGUGUACCAGCCUGGCGCACGCCGCGCCCGAGAUUCGCUCCUGUGUCAACUCCUGCGCUCACAUCGCGGCCGCAACUCGCCAGCAGAAUGAUUUUGACAGCGAGAACGAGGAGUGGUUUCUGGUGGGCCGGGUGAUUGACAGGGUGUGUUUCUUUGUGAUGUCACUGCUCUUCAUCCUGGGCACCAUUGGCAUCUUCCUCAUGGGGCACUUCAACCAGGCGCCCUCCAUGCCUUUCCCCGGGGACCCCAAGAAGUACCUACCCUAACUGCAGAGUCACUGGACUGGGGAAAGCGAGGCACUGGGAGUCCCUCACUGACAGACUGAACCGAGGAGCUGGGAACUCUUAUCUGCAAAGCUACAGAACUGCUGCCUGGGAAUGGGGAUGGGGAUGGGGGUGCCACUGAUCUGCAGAGCAACUGUAUGGAGACCUGAGUCCAGGAAAUCUGUUUUCCUCGGGGUAAAGAUAGCAGUGCUGCAGAUGAGACUUUUUGUUGUUGGUUUUAUUUCUUCUUGCAGUUGUCACCAUUGCUAUUGUUAUUUGUCUUAUUGGACGGUUUUGGUGCUAUGCUAUUAAAAGAUGAAGU